AUGAUGACUUUGUUCCAGCAGCGGUCUCUUUUCUUAGAGCAACUCCAGCGGCAUGACAGAGCCUCGAGCUGGGGAAAAAAAAGCCAAAAUCUGUUUCCAGCGAGGAGCCCAAGCCCGGGCGCAAGGUGGGACCCAACAACCUGGGCUGGCCUGAGCUCCAGCCCUCGUUUUGGUGAUGACGUCACGCUACAGUGCCACGCGCUACAGUGCCGCUAA